UCAUGUGAUCCAGGGAGAAAGGGGAUCCAUACAGCAGCCAGGCGUGAAGGAGUGCAGAAGGUUAUAAAAAUCAGGGACAGAGGGGUACAUUUUCAUUUUUAGUCUAGAGGAAAAUUGGUUUGAGUCUUCCAGUCCCCCUGGGUCAGAUCUUCUUUUGAUCAAGAAAAGGCAUUCUCCCUGGAUGAGCAUGAAGCGUGGAUGAGGGACCACAGGGGAAUUCCAGCAAAUAACAGUAAAGCCACCUGAUUGAUCUCUCUGUAAUUGCUGUGUGAUCCUGGACGUCAGCGUCGAAAUGGGCAAUGAGAACAGUAGUGCAGAAAACGAGUCAGAAGUUCCCAAUGCAAAUAAAGUCAUCCUGAUCCCACCGAGCCAAGGAGCGCAGCAGAGCACUCCACAAGAUUCAGAAUUAGGACAACCUCCUGGUCACGGGCACGGGUUAAAAAGGAGCCCUCAGGAAAACAGCGAAGAAAGGUCUGGAGGUCAGGACAUCUCAGAUCUUCCUGCUGCUGUGCAACCGCCUGGGAGCGUGUCCCCGACAACUCCAGGACCUACAAGCAUCAGUAAUGAAGGCGUCGGUAGCUACCGUGCUGAAGAUUUAUCCCAUCCAAAUUCAAGCGUGGUGUCUCCAGAGGUGACAGGACAGACCACUAUCUUGCAAGAGCAAGGAGGAGGAGCAGACUCUGAUUUCCUAACGCAGGCUGCAGGAGCGAGAGAGAGGAGUCUGCCCAUCUCUGUGCCUUUGGCAGACUGUGCCAAAGAAGGUGCCACAGCAGGUCUUACAGGCAGCAGCGACACGUUCCCAACCUCAGAUUGCAGCAAAGCAGUGCCAUCACCAGUGAAUGACACAGAAGAGGGAGCAGCACACACCAAAUCUGUGAAUAGAGACCCACAGUGUGACGGUAUCGCUGCCAUUUCUAUGAAAAACAGUGAGAAUGAUCCCAGAAACCCCAGCCCGGAGCCCAGCCCCCCCGCAGCAAUUACAGAAAUGCGAGGGGCCACACAAAUGAGGCUGAGUGAAUCAGGCUGGCUCUGGCAGAGCGAGCAGCUGGGUGCCAGGAGGGAACCACAUGUCAGCACGUUGCCCCAGGGCAAAGAAGCAGGAGAUUAUUUUACUGCUGAGGAGGCCAAGCAGGAGCCAGGAGUUUUGGAAGUAGGUCAGCCCCAACAAGGUAGACAGAACACAGAUGGUGGAGAGGGUCUGCUAAUGAAAAAGGAAACCUUAAUCCUAAAUUAUCCAGCAACAGGAGGCUCAGACAGUGAAAAAUUUGGAGCAAUUGUGAAUGCUCAGGGCUUCGCUGCGAUGAGUGAAGUCUGUAAUCUACAGAUGGGGGCUGUAACAACAGCUAAAGGGGAUGAGGCAAAUCUAUAUGGAAGCAAAGGGGAGCAAUCAGAAGCCUGUACUUUAAUGUCAGAGAUGCCUUCGAACUCUCCAAAUCUCCUCCUGGUACCAAAGGCUGAAGAGCCUUCAAGGGAAUAUCUGCCUGGAAAUGACUCUCAAGAUCCAGCGAGGAGCAAAGCCGUGAAAACAGCCUCUGAAAAAAACCAACCCAUCUUUCAAAGAGAGCUUCAAAAGGAGGAUGAGCUUGUUAGUGCCGAGCAUUUCAGUGUGCCUUUAUCAUUUAAGCAAGGGGAAGAACAAAAAUCAGCUGUCACAACUGAAAGCCCAAAAGAUGAAGCCAGUAGCAAUGAAAUUAUAAAAGCUGCUGGUGUGUCUAGAGAAAGCACCACACUUUCUGAAACAGAAAGCGUUAUCAAUCCCACCAAGGAAAAUGCCCUGGUAGAUAAAAGAGCAUUACUGGAAGAAUAUGCAUUAAGUGCUUCUCUGAGCAGAUCCUCAGAGCUGAAUCAAAAAGAUACUGAUGUGAAUCUAACAGGAGAAAAAACUGAAAUCAGAACAGAGGAGGCACAAGUGACAGAAACCAGUGAAUUACCUGAGGGGUCAAGCGGGGCAGAAAUACAACUAGUGCACUCUGUUAGUGGCCACCACCAGGACACAGAAAACACCCAUUUGGGACACAAUCCCAAAGAAUUCAGUCUUUAUGAAAAGACUUCAACAAGUGACCUGAGGGAAGGAGCUGAGGGAGAUCCUCUGAAUUUAGACAGUAACUUUAAAUCGCCCGAGGACAAUUCAGAGUCUUUUGGUUGGAAACCUGAACAACAGAUGAGUGAAGAGGAAGCAGGUGCCACCAGUGACCUGGAGAACGAGCCCGUGGUUUCACCCCGGUUUCCAAGGGAAGCGUACCAACUCAGCUUUGAUUGCUUUAAUGCUGAGGCAGAAGGCAAAACCUGGGGCCAGCCAGGCUGUACUGGGACUGGAGAGGUUUGUUUAGUCGGUGCACACAGUUCACUGCUCCUCCACUCUGAGAACAAUAAUAUUAAGCAGAGUGAGCAGGACGGAUCCUGGGAAAAGGCUUUUGCUAGAGAAACUGGGAGUCAAGAAAAGCCUGAGAGCUGCAGCGAGUCAGAAGAAAGUGCAAAAAUGUCCAAAACCAAACUUGAGCUCCAGGGCUUAAAUGAGUUGGCAGGGACUGGCCAAACUGAGGAGGCUUCACGGGUGUCGGAAGCCAAAGAGGAGAUGGGUCACAUCCCUGAAGAGCCUCGCAGGGAUCCAGAGCAAGGACCUGCAGCUGCACAAAGCAGUGCUGUGGAUGCUCAAGAAAAUGAGGGUUUUCACCAGGGGAAGCACCAAACUGCGGUGAAAAGUUUCGUGGAGGAUGCAGAUAUGGCACUGAGAGGUGAAUGCAAACCGGCUGCGCUGGUGCAAGCUCAGCAGGAGAGAGUGGCUGCAGAAAGUCACCAAAAUACGCAGAUGACUUGUUCAGAAACCUCCCAGGCUCUAGUUGGUACUUCAGGACCCACAGAAACCUCCCAGGCUCUAGUCGGUACUUCAGGACCUGCUCCUCGGCAAGUUCAUGUAGAGGAAGAGGGUGACAACCACAUCAGCUGUCCCCCUGAGGGUGACACGUGCAGCUCUCCGGAGGCCCUGGAGGGCAGUAUCAGAGAACUGCAGGAAAAUGCAGGUGUUCCAGCUGCUCUUCUCCAAGCAGAGCGAAUGGAGGAGUCAGCGUCUGCUGCUGGUGACUUGAUUUCAAAUACAGGACUUGAACAGCAGAAGCAGCAAAGUCUUCUUCAAACUGUCACUGGAGCAAAGGAUCAGGACCACAAAGAAAGAGCUCUAAAAUGUGACCAGCCACUGGACCUAAACAAUCACAGCAACGUACCAGAAAUACCUCUAAACAUUUCAAACAACCUUAAUAAAGAGUCUCCUGUGCCAGGUCCAGGACCUGUCCAGCGUGGCUCUGACACAGCAGAAGAAAGGGACGUGGAUGAAGGUGGUGCCGUGGUGUCAGAGGACACGUGUGGUGGGAAACACGAGCAGAACGUUUCUGGUGUGCCCAGGCUUCGUUGGCGAGAUGGCGAGGAGCAAAACAAAACCCAUCUCGAGGCAGAAGAAAAGUGCUGCACUAAGCAAAUCUCAGACAAGCCCGAGCAGGAUAAUAAUUCUUUGAUCUGGGGUAGUCAGCAUGAAGCAGCAUGUCAUAGCCAUGCGUUUCCUAAAGAAUCUGACAAGGAUGAACAGCCAGGCCGCCUAUGUGGGAUAAAGGAUAAUGCUGGUGAAAGCUGUGCUGCUGCUAUAAGUGCUCUUCCAGGGGGACAGGAUUCAGCAAGUGCCACUAACAUAGCACAGGCUUUGCCGGGCGAUACAGAAAUAGCACAUGCUUCUGAUAAUUCUCAGAAAAACGAUCCUCGAAUAUCUCAGGCAGAAACUGCAGGGGAAACGCCAUUAAUGGCAAAAAAUUCAGAAAAGAUUGAAGGUCUGACUGCUAAUGGGGAAAUCAUCUGGAAAGAUGGAAACAUGGAGAUAAAUAGUGAGGAGAGUGCUUCUGCCACAGACACAAGUGAUAGGAAAAGUGAUAAAAGUCCAGGGGCACAAGGAUCUCCUUCACCAUUACGGGCACACGGGGAAGCGAUUCCCACCGAUAACUCAUAUAAAUCCAGCCACAUUCAAAAGACACCAGAGGAGCCUGGUUAUUGUCAAGCAAAUUUUACAGCCCUCUCUACAGGGACCUCUGUGCCCAGCCAUCCCAGCCAGCAACCUGGAAACUGUACGGACAACGGUGCUGGGGGGGAAUUACUGCCUAAUGAGCUGGAAGCUGUAGCCUGCCCAGAUGCCUUAGAAACUAACUCUAAUUUGCAGAUUGCUGCAGGUUCUCAGGGGUCUGCACACUCAGGUCCUUCACCCAGGGUAGGCACAGGUAAACCAGCAAAUUCAGAAAACAGCUCCGCGGGGAGUACCCGCGUGAAUGGAAAAGAUGUUCCCAACCACAGUUUUCAGGGUGUUGGAGACAGAAGCUCAGCCCCACCACAGGAUUCAAAUGUGGGGCAGAGCACGGGAAACUCAUCGCCAUUCAAUUCGGAGAAGCUGAAGAAAGAGGUAUCUGCAAUUAAAUCCAAAGAAACAAAAAGUGAGGUAAACUUCAAAGAGCAGCAAAGUGACAGUUCAGCAGAGUCUCUUUUAGCUCUCCCUGCUCUGGAAGGGAAGCUGCUGAGCCUUUCAUCUGCUGGUAAACAAGAGGGCUGUAAUGAGGAAAUUGCAACCGAUAGCUGCGUAGAUGACAAGUGCAGUAAGAUCUUAGAGAAACCUGGGAAUUCAGAAAAAAUGGAAGAGCUUUUAAAAGAGAAUACUAACGUAACCAGGGCAGGGAUCAGCAUUUCCGAGCAGCCUGCAGAGAACGCUGGAAGGGAGCAUGAGGCUCUGACUCGCAGCUCCCUGGACAUUGGCUCCAGCCUCCCAGAUUUCAGGGAGCACAUCAGCCAGAUAUUUAAAAAAUCCGUCCACAGCACGCUGAGUGCUGAGUUACCCCAGCUUUUGUCGGAAAACCAUGCGGGCUUCAAGCAGAGUCCAGUGGCCAAGGACCCAGCAGAACUCUGUGGGGCUGAGAAGUUUUCAGAGUCAAACCAGGAGGGCAAAGGAGCUCCCGAGGGCACCUCAGAAGCAGAGGGGCAAGGGUUGUCUUUAGCUACUGAGACUUCCUGCAAAGCUGCCAAAGGCAAAUCUCUGCGAGAAGAAAACACAGUGGCAGAGCUGCCUCCAGCCGGUCUCCAGGAGGCUGAGAAAAGGAGGCAGCCUGGUAGCUGUUUAGAAGUGGUCCCGAGGUUGGAUGGCGCUACACCCGCUGAACGCGCUCCAGAAAAUCUGCCAGAAACAGCAAAACCCACUGAGCAUCCAGAGAGCGGUGAGAUGCAAAGGGAGGGAGGCGUGUGUGCUGGUGGCGUUGAUCCUGAAUCGCUAAUCAGCUUAGAGAUAAAGCAGCGAGGACCAGCUUCAUUUGAUGGGGCAGCAGCUGAGAACUUCCCUGCGUACUCUGAGGAGGAGCACCAACCUGCUGUAGCUGUUAUCUCCACAGGCGAUGUGCAGAAGAGUGACUUGGAAGGUGCAGAGGGAAAUAACUUAAUUACAGAGUGUGAUGUAGAACCAGUUUCAGCUGAAGAGGAUGUGAGCCUUCCUGCUGAACAGUGCCAGGAUCCUAAGCCAAAUGAACAGGAGAAAAGGGACUACGGGGAUCCAGAGGCUGCCGAGAGCUCCUCUGACAUGGCAGCUUCGGCGUUUGUCCUGGGAGGAUCUUACAAUCGUGAAAAAUUGCCAGAGAAUUUUAAUGUGUCACCUGGGGGAAAUCAGGAGACGCACACUCACGGUGAUUUUAUGUGUGACAUAGAGUCUCAGAACGAUAUGCACAGGAUACAGGAUGAUGCAAUAAAUGGGAAGUGCUUGGAAACAUUGGAAAAUCCACAAGAUGCCCAAGAAGAAAAGAAAGUGACCGUGCAUGGGUUAAUAAGUUACUUAAAAGAUGAAGGAAGCCAGGGUGAUUGCUUGCAAACUGACUCUGAACUAGAAUGUAGCAGUAUGACCCAGGGAGGUGUAAAAGAGAGCAGUGACACAGUGUCAAGCACAGCAAAAACGGGUAACUUAAAAACUGGAGACAUCCCUGAAACAGGUACUGCCAGGAUGUUACUCACGGGUGAAGGUGACUUGGCUGUAAACACGAGCACUGAAGAGCAGGAGACAGAGCGGUACAAAAACCACCCUCCUGUGAUGGAGCAGGGUGAGGAUUUUGUGUGCACAGAUGUCCCUGCUGCUGAGAUUCAGCCAGGCAAGCUGGAUUCGGGACAAGAAAGCUCACCUGAGGAUGCCAAAAGAAAACUAUCCCCGCUUGCAUUAACUGAGCCUGAGAACCUUGACCUCCAGGAACUUGAAGCCGUGGCUGCGGCAGGAUUACCUACUGAAAGCCCUCCUGGGCCAGGUGAUGACAUACAGUUGGCUUCUCCCCUCUGUCCUUCUGAGCAACCCUUGGCUGUUUCUGCGACAUCUGGAAAUGCUGACCCCGUGGAUGCUGCUGAGCUGACUGUGGCAAGCACUCCCAAGCCUGAUAGCUGCAAAGAAGCCGAUAACCUCAUUCCUGGGGAUGUGCCUUUGGCUCCGGCCCCUGGUGAUGGUGUAGAACUGCCUGCUCAAGAAACUGAAGGUUUCACAAGGGAAAAAAAGAGGAGCUCUGACUCUGAAGAAGCCUUUGAGACCCCGGAGUCCACCACACCAGUAAAGGCACCACCUUCACCUCCACAGCCACCCCCUGAAGCGGCAGCAGCGGCAGCAGCAGCGGCUGUAGCAGACAUAGCAGAACAAGAAAUAAAACCCCAGCUGCCCUUGGAAGACACAGGAUUGUGUUCAGAAACUGUACCUGUAACUGAUGUGUCGCAGAGCGAAUCAGUUGAAGAAAGCCCUUUCCGUCCCCCUUCCCAUUCCUUCUCCACCGUCUUCGAUGAGGACAAGCCAAUAGCCAGCAGUGGAACUUACAACUUGGACUUCGAUAACAUUGAGUUGGUUGAUUCUCUCCAUGCCUUAGGACCGAGCUCUCCAGAAUCGAAGAAUCGUGAUCCCAAAGCGAAUGUUCGAAGAAAAUCUACCGAUUCAGUCCCAGUUUCCAAAUCUACAUUGUCUCGAUCUCUUAGCUUGCAGGCAAGUGAUUUUGAUGGAGCGUCUUACCUUGGCAAUAGCGAGACAUUAGCACCGGCGGCAGAUGUGUACGGUACUGGUUCCAGUAGUGCUUCUAGUACCCUUAAGAGAACAAAGAAAUCCAGACCAGCUUCCUUAAAAAAGAAGCAGUCAGCGAAAAAAUCUCUGGAUGCUCCACCGGUGAAGGAAACACCUCAAGAACCAUCUGACCUUGGCCAAGAAGCUUGUGCCCCAGGUGAGGAUAAACCAGUACCUGAAGCAAAGACUGACUCAGUGAAGCCCGAAUGUACUGAACCUUCUAAAAUCUCUGCUGAGAAACAGGAGGCCCCGCCUGUGCCUGAAGGAUCCCACCCUUUGGAUCCAGACAGUUUUGAAGGGAUUAGUGCGUUUGGCACCGGAGGCAGCAAAGUACAAAACUCUCCCCCUCUCCAUAAGAAAACGCUACCUCUUACAACGGCACCAGAGGCUGUGGAGGUGACUCCGCCUGACACCGGAGGACAAGAAGAUCCUCCGGUCAAAGGCGUUGCAGUAAGGCUGGAGUUCGAUUAUUCUGAAGAAAAAGGGGUGAGCGAAGACCAGCAGGAGGGCACUCCUCCUCCCAAAAAAGCAGGUAAAAAGCCUGGUGCUAAAAUGCCACUACGAAGGCCAAAGACUAAAAAGUCAGUGGAGAAGCUUGACAAUGCCCCAACGACACCAACCAAGUCACCCCCUGAUCCCAAUGAAAUCCCUAUCACAAAAGGCUCUUACACUUUUGAUAUUGACAAGUGGGAUGAUCCCAAUUUUAACCCGUUUUCAUCUAGUACAAAAAUGCAAGAAUCGCCCAAACUGCCUCAACAAACAUACAGUUUUGAGCCAGACACAUGCGAGGACUCUGUUGACCCUUUCAAGUCUUCUUCUAAGGUAGCCAGCUCACCCUCCAAAUCUCCAGCUUCCUUUGAGAUACCCGCCAGUGCCAAUGAAACAAACGGAACCGAAGGAGACAACUUGAAUAAACCUGCAAAAAAGAAAAAGACGCCACUAAAAACUGAUACAUUUAGGGUGAAAAAAUCACCGAAGAGAUCCCCACUAUCUGAUCCUCCUUCUCAGGAUCCCACUCCACUGCCUACUCCAGAAACACCUCCUGUCAUCUCCACGGUGGUUCAUGCGACGGAUGAGGAGAAACUGGCGUCUUCGGUGACCAGUCAGAAAUGGACCUGCAUGACUGUGGACCUCAACACGGACAAGCAGGACUACCCACAACCAUCUGAUCUAUCUACGUUUGUUAAUGAGACUAAAUUCAGCUCUCCUACAGAGGAACUGGAAUAUGGCAACUCAUAUGAAAUAGAAUAUAUGGAGAAAAUAGGCUCCUCUGUGCCUCAGGAUGAUAGCACCCCGAAGAAGCAAGCUUUAUACCUAAUGUUUGAUGCCCAGCAGGAGAGCCCGGUCAAAUCACCUCCCAUCAGACUGUCUGAUUCCACAACGCCGUGCUCAGGGUCAAGUUUUGAAGACCCUGAAGCCCAGCAAUCCUCUGGAAUGAAAAUACAACACCCAGCCUCCCGAGUCAUAGCUGCCAGCCAGGAGGCACACUUACAGUCAGCUGACAAGGCCAAGCAGAAGGACCUGGAGCCCAUGACCCUGGGAACAACUCCAGAGGCUAUUGAAAUAACAUCUCCUGAAGACUCCUUUGUCUCUGCUGAUGCUCUUCUCAAUAGGAUAUCUAAGAAAACCUCAAUAUGCGAUCAACCUGAAUAUCUGGAUCCUGACUUAGCAGAAAAGAACCCCCCAGUGUUUGCUCAGAAACUUCAGGAGGAGUUAGAGUUUGCCGCAAUGAGGAUAGAAGCGCUGAAGUUAGCCAGGCAGAUUGCCCUCUCUUCUUUCCGCUCCCAGAGAGAACCUGCUAUCCCAGCAGAUGUUUCCAUCUCUAAAAGUGCCCUGUACUCCCGGAUCGGCACCUCGGAUGCAGAGAGCACCGCGGCUCUUCUCUACCCCCAGCAAGACUUAGACUCCGCGCUACGACUGGCCAGAGCAGAGAUUGUGGCCAAGGAAAGAGAAGUAUCUGAGUGGAAGGAGAAAUAUGAAGAAAGCAGAAGGGAAGUGAUGGAAAUGAGGAAAAUCGUUUCAGAAUACGAGAAGACGAUUGCUCAGAUGAUAGAGGAUGAACAGAGAGAGAAAUCUGUCUCCCAUCACACCGUUCAGCAGCUCAUUGUGGAGAAGGAACAAGCUUUGGCAGAUCUGAACUCGGUGGAGAAAUCACUGGCAGAUCUUUUCAGGAGAUAUGAAAAAAUGAAAGAAGUAUUGGAGGGGUUUCGGAAGAAUGAAGAAGUGUUAAAGAAAUGUGCGCAGGAGUAUUUAUCACGAGUGAAGAAGGAAGAGCAGAGGUAUCAAGCACUCAAAAUUCACGCAGAGGAAAAACUGGACAGAGCCAAUGCUGAAAUUGCACAAGUGCGAGGCAAGGCUCAGCAAGAGCAAGCUGCCUAUCAGGCCAGCCUUCGGAAAGAGCAGCUCAAAGUGGACGCAUUGGAAAGAACACUGGAACAAAAAAAUAAAGAGAUAGAAGAAUUAACAAAGAUUUGUGAUGAACUGAUUGCCAAAAUGGGGAAAAGCUAACUUUUAACCAAAUUUCUGGACUUCGAUAUUGAGUGCAAUAUGACCAUUGGCACACUGAUGUCCAUACGUUUACGUGGACAGGUUAUAUUUUCACUUUUUCGUAUGCACUACUGUAUUUUCUUUCUAAAUAAAGUUGAUUUAAUUGUAUGCAGUACUAAGAUGACUAUCAGAAUUUCUUGCUAUUGUUUGCAUUUUCAUAGUAUAAUUCAUAGCAAGUUGAUCUCAAAGUUCCUGUAUCAGGGAGAUUGUCAAGUUCUCUAAGAAAUUACAAAUUGCUGAUCCUAGCCUUCCCUUUGUACAUGAGUUCCCAUGUUGGAUGUCUUUUGGAUUUAAUAUAAACAUGUAUUACUUGCAUGGGGACUCUUGCCUUAAGGAGUGUAAACUUUAUCUGCAUUUGCUGAUUUGUAAAAUAAAAUUUAAAAUGGGAAAAAAAAAAAAAAAAGAAAAUGCAUGUCACUUAAAUGAAAUUCUCUAUUGUAAAUAAAUUUUUUCGUUGAAAGUUGAA